CAGAUAUUGAUCAUUGCUGCAGACAACGCAUCAUCCAAUGACAUGCUCAUUGCAGAACUUGCAAAAAUUCUGCCGAAGUUUGGUGGUGAAACGAACCGAUCACGAUGUUUCCUCCACAUAGUCAAUCUCGUUGCUAAGUCGUUGCUCCGGGAGUUUGAA